AUGGCUUCUGCAAGUGGAUCUGGGAGUGCAUCGGCUAGUAAUACUGGGGUAGUUGUCAAAUCUAGAAAAAAUGCAACUGGAGUUAGAGAUGAUUCGGCAUGGGCACACGGUUAUGAAGUUCCAGGAGAAAGACUAAAGAUUAAAUGCAAAUACUGUAAUAAGAUAGUUUCUGGGGGUCCUUAUAGAUUGAAGCAUCACUUGGGAUGUACCAAGAUUAAUGUGUCACCUUGUAUUGCUGUUCCUGAUGAUGUUAAGAAUAAUAUGCUCGCGAUUUGUAUGCAUUUGGAGGAUAUUUCAAUGAAGAAGAAACAAGCUAGUAGUUGUGGAUUGGAAAAUGAUGAUGUUGUAGACAUUGAUAAUGAUGAUGAAAAUGUAGGGGUUGGUACAAAGAGAAAGGGAAAGGAAACAACUGAAAUCUCUACUUUGUUUAAGAAGAAAAGUUUGAGCAUUCAAAGCAGGCAAGGACAACCGACAAUUAAUCAGAUGAUGAAAAAGGAUUUGAGAGAGGAUGUGUGUAUGCAGAUUGCUCGUUUUUUCUAUACAAGUGCAAUUCCAUUUAAUUGUGUGAAGAAUCCUGAGUUUGAGAAGAUGUGUCAAUUGAUUGGGAAGUAUGGCAUUGGAUUGAAACCGCCAUCUUAUCACGAGCUUAGAGAUAAAUAUUUAAGAAAAGAGGUUGAUAAUACUAUGUCAUUGCUUGAGGAGCAUAAAGCUAUGUGGAGGAAGUCGGGGUGUUCCAUUAUGUCAGAUGGAUGGACUGAUAAGAAGAGGAGGUCUAUAUGUAAUUUCCUAGUGAAUAGCCCCAAGGGUACAGUUUUUUUGACUUCUAUUGACACAUCAAACAUCUCUAAGACUGCAGAUAAAGUGUUCGAAAUGAUAGAUGAUAUAGUAGAGCAAGUUGGGGAAGAGAAUGUAGUUCAAAUUGUCACGGAUAAUGCUGCCAAUUAUAAGGCGGCAGGUGAGAUGUUAAUGGAGAAACGGAAGAAGUUAUUUUGGACUCCUUGUGCAGCUCAUUGCAUAGAUCUUAUGCUAGAGGAUUUGGAGAAGAAAAUUAAGGUACAUGAGCUGACAAUAAUGAAGGGUAGGAAGAUCACAACCUUCAUUUACUUGAGAACACUCAUUAUCACGAUGCUGAAGCGUUUCACAAAGGGUAAAGAUUUGAUUAGACCGGCUAUGACUCGCUUUGCUACUGCUUAUCUGACUUUGGGAUGCCUCUUCGAUAAUAGAAAUGCUCUAAGGACUAUGUUUGCAUCCAAACAAUGGAAAGGGAGUCGAUUUGCAAAGUUAAAAGGUGGAAAGUAUGCGGAACGUGCUGUUAUGGAUAACAGAUUUUGGAAUAAUGUUAAUACAUGUUUGAAGGUUGCAUAUCCUCUCAUUAAGGUGCUCCGCAUGGUGGAUUCGGAUGAAAAGCCUGCGAUGGGCUUUAUUUAUAAUGAGAUGGAGAAAGCUAAGCAGAAGAUCAAAACAAACUUCAAAGAUGAUCGGAAAAGCUAUGAUCCUGUUUGGAAAGUUAUUGAUGAGAGAUGGGAGGUUCAACUUCAUAGGCCUCUACAUGCUGCUGCUUAUUACCUGAACCAAGUUGGCACUACAUAUUUGAUAGAAUUGAGGCGACUUUGGUCAUGGUAA